AUGGUUUCAAUUAUGGAUAUCGACCCCAAAAGACAAAUCUGUGAUACUCGUGCAACACUGUCGCAAAGUGCUGUUAGUCAGAAAUCUAUCGAUCUGGAAAUCCCGAUCCCUCUCAAGUCACCGACAUCAACGACGUCGCCCACCUCGCCGCCACCAGCACCAUCAUCCGGGGCCACCUCGAGAACGUUGUCGCCUCAGACGACGACGGCGGUGGCAACGGCAACGGCGGACACCGAACUGGCCAAGCGGGCCAUGAAACUGGACCUGAUCGAAUCGCAGGGCAGUUCCGGAACGAGCGCCACCAGUGGAACCAGUGCAACUAGCACCGCCACCACCACCACCACACAUUCCUCCAACACGGCAAACUCGUCCGGGACGACAACGACGGCCAUCAUGAUGAAGCACCGGAAGCUGAAGGAGCGCACGUUCAGCGACGAACUCGGUUCGCCCAAGUCGCCGGCCGCAGUAAUAGGUCGGAAUGGUACCACACACCUGGUGGUACCACGACAAACGUCGCUUACUUCCCAAUCAGAUGUCGUAGACGAUCGCAAGGCACUACGGGACGCACUGUACCAGGGCAUCUUUCACCGGCACCGGCGGACGAUCUUCGCCGUCGGGAGCUUCCUCCGGAUGCUGAAGAGCCGCAACUCAUCCUACAACACGAUCCGCAGCUCGUCCGAGGGCGAGGACGACACGCGAUAAGGCCAAAUGAACGAAGGGUAUAAGGGGGAACGGGCGUUGGCUGAGACGGUCAACUCAACGCGCACUGCAGCAACAAAUCCAUUGUAUUGUGAUGGACACCCACUACUUACAGGUAAACUUAUGAUCGAAGCGAGCCUGACGACGGUGGACCAGGGGUGGUCCACCCGAUUCACUAGAUGCAGGAGACACUUGUUAUGGUUAUGAUGAAAGUGUAUAAAUUUAUAGAUUAGUGUAACUACGAAGGACGACGGGUGGUUCAUAUAGGUACUACUUAAUACAUUUGAGUACAGAUGUAGAGGAAUGAUAGGAGUAAACAGGGAAUGCUGUCUGCAGUAGAUGUUUUGAUAUGCUUAAUGGAAUAUCGGCGUGAGGGAUGAGUACCAUGAUGAAAAACGAAUAAGAACAAGAUUCUAAUCGGAUAAUCAAGAAAACAUAUGAUUGGCCAAAGAUCCCUAAAGUAAGACUUCAUAUGGGUUUAUUUGUCCACCUGAUUCUCUUUUUGCACGAAGGAUGCAUACUGUAUGGAAAUAGGAUUUAUUUCAAAUUUCGAAAACCCAUUCAAAAGAAGUUGUAUGAUCACUCUCCGAAUCAUGGAAAAAUAAGUCCAAUGGAAACUAGGUAAUCUCCAAAUUACCAGUAUAAUGAAGUGGUUGAUCCGAUUAUGACCUUAGGUUACUUAGCGACGACGAGAGGAAGAAUAUGAACAUGUAAUUGGUCGGAUUGACAUCAAAUGUGGUUCUGCUUAGAAUAUCACUGUGUUUGCGGGUUUUUAUUUAAAUAUUUUAUAUGCAAGACCAAAGUCAGGUAUCCGAAUUCAAUGCAACGUUCCACAUGUAGCUGUUUGAAGUAUAGAAAUGGAAAAAAAUAAAAAGAGAUGAAAAGAGCUAGUACACCUCAAACAACCGAUUAGAUAAACGUGAUCCACAUAAAAAAAAGAAAUCCACGAGAACGAAUAGUGAAAUGUUGCCUUUUCUAAAAUGCUGGAAACCUACCUACUUACCUAUGCGCCUUCUACUUCUAAGCUUCAUUCCUUUCCAUUAUCUUUCAUAGGAAAUCGUGCAGUUAUGUUGACGUUUAGGUGAAAAGUGCACUGCCGGAAAUGACGACAUUUUAGAAUAUAAAUUUUACGAAAAACUUGUUAAAUAAGAGAAUCUUCUAUCUUAUCUUUAUAAUUCAGGCUAUUUAGAUUACUACAACAUGAAUAUGACUGCAUAUGGUGUUAUGCAAGUUACAUGAACUCAAGUACAACAUGCGUCAUGCUUGGGCACUUAUAGUUUACUUAUAUUUUAUUACAGCAUGUAUUGAGUACUCGAACAGCCCUCCAGCAACUUUCUGAGAAACUGUCAUUCCAAAAAUAUAGUCACGUUGGCUACUCUAUUCAAAAUAGUCUCUGAACUAACACUCGCUAUCUAGUUACGGACCAUCAAUGCAUGACGAAGCAUUUGAGAAGAUAACUGAAUCUCUAAAAACAUGACAAGCCAUGCGUAUGACUCAGUGCAUUGCAGUAAAACCUGAAAAAAAAACUCCAAAAAAUACCUGGAGAAGCUCCUGCAAAAAUCCCGAUAGGAGUUACAACAGCUUUGAGAAAUCUUGGCAAACACUUUUAGUCGUAUUGUGACGUUAGCACUAAAUUGGUUUCCGAAAAAACUUCAUUGACUUCCGCUGCCUUUCCUAUGCGUUAAACAUAACGUCGGAAGUACUCUCCGGAUUCAAUGAACCGAAUGCAAUGAAAUUUUGAUCAUUUAUGACUUAUAUAAUGAACUUUGAAAAACAGUUUACUUAAUUUGAAAUUAUUAAUAAGAAAAAAAAGUUAAGGCGAUUUCAUUUAUUCUAUGUUUUUUAGUAAAAUUAUCUAUUUUUCAUACGCAUCCCAUUACUUUUUCUAUUUAAUGCCGGCUAUUUGGUUGCUUUCAUUUGAAACAUAAAUAUAUAUAUUCAAGUCAACUAGAGGGAAUUUAAAUGAACUAUAAUUACUAUCUCGAACUUUGAAACGAUGAUGAAGUUUUGGAUAAAUUGGUGUUAUAUUAGAAAAAUAAUCCAAUCGUAAUAAUUUUAUUUCGUGUGAAAAAUUUUAAGUCUAGUCAAAAAUUUUUAAUAGCUCAUUAUAUAAGUCAUUAAUGAUCAAAAUUUCAUUGCAUUCGGUUCAUUGAAUCCGGAGAAAUAACAGCUCAAAGUCGGUUAUCGAAUAAUUACACCUUUUUCUAGAACCAUUAUAACUUCGUGUAGAAUCGCUCGAUCUUUUCUAAAUUUCGACCACUAACACACAACUAGUUGAUGAUCUUACAGUAAAAAUUUGAGAAUGUUCGAUGCCCUUUUCGAAAAGUUACAGCGAGUUGAACAUUUUUUGAAAAGUGAAAAUUUUACCUGUCCCAGUUAUUUUGAGUAUCCCCUGUGGUGCGCUGUAGAAAACCAGAUUUACUGUACAGCGCACGUCUUCCGACGCUAUGUUUAAUUCAUAAGAAAGGCAGUGGAAGUCAAUGAUGUUUUUUUCGGAAAUCAAUUUAGUGCGAAACCCACAAUAUCGUGCUGAGGCGCGCGAUUCUGAUUCCCGCCACAGCUGUCAGGAAAAGUGUUUGGCUGUGCCACUGGGCGUUGCAUGCUAGUCCGUUAUCUUGUGUUGUGCUUCCUCCAAAGAGCUCACUGACUGGAAGCAUUAAAUAUGUCCAGCUCUUAAAAAUACCCAUGAGCAUCUGCUGGAAAAAUCCCAUGAGGAUCUCUUGUAGAAUUCUAGUACCCUGGAAAAAAUUUCGGGGGGUGAACAUCUACAAGAAAUCUUGGAAUGAACUAUUAAAGGAAGGAACUCUUUGCCAAAAUUUCGAUAGAGCACCUGGAAGAAAUCCCGGGAAUAGCUUCUGGAGAAAACUCGAAAAACUAUGGGAAAAUGACUGAGAAAACUUCCAGAAGAAAAUAUUAUAGAAAUCAUGUUAGUAACUCAUGCAGAUGUCUUGGAGAGAAACCUGGAGGAAAUUCCGGAAGGAAUCGCUGGGAGAAAUACCGUGUUCUCAUCUAAAAAAAAUCUUGGAAAGAACUCUGAAACGUGAGAAGAAGAGCAAAUUAAUAUCAACGAAAUCACAUAAGCUGUUUCUAUAUCUUGUUUUGUUAAUCAAAUAAUAGCAAGGCAUAGCUUUCCCAUAACAUGUUUUGCAGGACAAUCUAAUUCUAUUAUAAUCAAGGUAAUGGUAUACAUCCAUCAAAUAACAUUUCAAUAAUAUGUUUUGUUAAAGUACAAGUUUCACGUCUAAUCCCCUUCUUACUUUUUCUAGUAUUACAUACUAAUUGAAACAGAGUCGGUUUCUUGGCCUAGUUUUUUUCGACGAUUCUGACCUGUCCUUUUUUGGUCCAUUUUUGUAUUCAGUUUCGAAGGAAAUUUCUGAAUAAGUCCUCUUCGUAAUCUUCGGAAAAACACUUGAAAGUUCUGGAGGAAUCCUCAGAUAAAUUCCUUAGGAAACCUUCAAAGGAACUCCAGGUGCAAUCCUCGGAGAAAUUCUCUGAUCAAAUGUUGCAUUUCUUGGAAAAUUCUUCUGAAAAAUGCCUGGCGAAUCCUUUGGAAGAACUUCUGGUGAAAUCCUCGAAGAAAAUUUCGGAGGAAUUUCAGGACGAAUUUCGAGACAAAUGAUCACAGGAAUUUCUUAAUAAAUCCUUGAAGGAAUUCAUAGCAGAAUGCUAGAUGAACCUUCGAACAAAAAUUCUUUGAAAGAUUCCAUGCAAAAAUUUCGGGAAAAUGUCUGGAAGAUUUUUCGGGUUAAUUUAUGGAGAAAUUUAUGACGGAAUCCUCAAAGAAAUGUUUAAUGAAUUAAGAGUUUCUGAAAGAAUUAUCGGAAAAAAAUCUGAGUAAAUCCUCCAAAAAAUCCUUGAAGAAAACAUAGAAAGUAAUCCUAACAAAAUCCUUAGAGAAAUUUUGGGAAAAAAAUAUGUAGGAAUUUCUGUGAGUAUUCCUGUAGGAAUCAUCAGAGGAAGUUCUGGAGAAAUUCUAGUAAAAUUUUUAUAGGAAACCUUGCAGAAUCUAGAAGGAAUUUUCGACGUAAAUAAUUCUUAAAUUCAGAGAAAAUCCUCGGAGGAAUUAAAAAAAUGAAGUCCAGGAAAAUUGCAAUAAUCUUUGAAAUACUUUUUGUACAUCCCAAAAAUGUUCUGCAAAACUUCGUCAGUCAUGCCCCCGAUAACAUUCUCAUAAUUAUCAGUUUCAGUCCUGCUCAUGCUUCAGUCACAAACUUUUGUUCUAUAUGCUCCAUUUUGAAAGAUAUGGGUCAUUUCCUGAAAACGACCCUUAAAUAUCAGUUUUUUCAUUGUAACUUUUUUCAGACAUUUUUAGGAAUUUUCAAAUGUUCUACAAACUUAUCAUAUAUGAUAAAAUGCAUGUUUUCUUUAAAGACGACAAAGUUCUAUCUUCAAUACUUUUUGAGUUUUUUGAAAAUUUCAGUUACGAACUAAAAUAUUUCAUAGCUCAAUUUUACUGUCAAGGAAGCAAGUGUCCAGCCUGAGUUGAAACAAAAUUUACACCUAUUAUAAACUUCUUUCAUAUUCAGUUGAAAAAUCUUGCCCCAUUUUGCCUCUGUAAAUGUCACAAAGCCGUAAAAAAGGCUAUUUUUUUAAAUAAAUUAUUGAAUAUCUCAAAAACCAUCAAAGAUACAAUGUUGCCGUCUUCAGAAGAAACACGUAUUUUGUCAUACUAAAUAACUUUGUAGAACAUUUGAAAAUUCCCAAAAAUGUCUGGAAAAAGUUACAACAAAAAAACUGAUUUUAAGGGGUCAUUCACAAAUAAUGGCCCAUAUAUCUAGAAAUUGAGCAGAUAGAGCAAAAGUUUGUUCGGCAAGCUUUCUCAUAAUGACAUUUUCUACAACUUUGCUGAAGACAUAAACACGCUAUAUUCACUUAUGAAAAAAAAUGAAUUUCUAUCUCACUUUUAGGUGGAUUAAUCACAUUAGUGAUACUUCCAAAAGAAGGGCUCUGAUAUACCAAACAACUUCUUCGAAGACACCAAUUCUCUAAAAUCAAUUUUUCAUGCCCAAAACAAUUUCGAUCACGAAAUUGGGCCUUUGGAAACAGUGUGGCACUGCGUCCAUUAUUAAGGAAUAUUGUGGCAUGGUCCAUAUUUAAUUUAGAGCUAGUCAAAUAUCCUGUCAUAAUUGAGCUGUUAUGGACAAUGGUUGAUGUAACACCUGAUCCCAUCUAGGCACAACUCGUUUAAUAAAGUUUAUUACCCUGUUGGGAUUACUUCGUCAAAUUUCCAAUGGCUCUAGAAACCCUUCACCAAAUAUCGCCAAUCUAUGAUGGGUCAGCACUCCGCAGCUGCUGAGUAAAUGUUCGGCAAUUUCGUUUUCCGUUUGACAGAAACGACACUCGGAGGAUUGGAGGAUUGCAAAAUAGAAUAUUCUUAGAUCACUUUAAAAUAAUUCAUACGUCAGAGUGAUGAUGAAACUCGUGUUAUUGGCGAAUUGGUGAAACAAAAGGCAUAAUUUUAUGUAAUUACUAACAAUGUUUAUAGAUAUGUUAUCAAUGCUAGUUUUGUUAUUUACAAUGUAUUAUAACUUAGAGCCUGUAUCCGUAAUAUUAGGGACACCGAAGUCGGGCUGUAGCUCUGUAAUAAAUCGGUAAAAUUGGCCAAAUAAUUGGCUUAAAACUCUUUAGUGUAUGUUUAUUAUUUGCGCCAAAUUUCAUAAAAAUCGAUGCAUUACUUGCAGUGGAUUAAAAACAACAGACGUGGUUUUAAGAAAUUUGUAAAAUCAUGGCCAAUUUUCAUUCGCAUAAUAGAUAGUUCUUUAACGCUACAGUUCCAAGUUCUGUGAUAAUAAUUAUGAAAUUUCGUAAGCAGUUUUGAUACUUAUAGAGGCACUUUCUUGCAAAAUUUCAACAACUUUGAUCAAUUGGCUUGUAUGCUUGCUACUGAUGUUGCUACUGAUAGGGGGGAGUGUUAGUGAAAAUUUUUCGUGAUUUUCAAUUGAAUUUCUCUGCCAAUUUUCAUGAAACUUUCAUUUCACUUUCAUUUGAUUUUGCCUAUGCAACAAAUGUAGAUUGAGAGGUUUGUGUUCAAAGUUUCAGCCAUUUGCUUUGACAAAUUCAAAAGUUACAACGUCAACAAGCAAAACUAGGGGCUGUACAAAAUUCAAUGGCGCGUAUUCUACUGUUUCAUUCCUUCAACAAAAAGUACUGCACCAAUUCAAAUGAAAAUUUGUAGGUGAGAUAAACACAUCUUAAAAUGUUGUUAGGCCAAAUUUGAGCAAUUUUAAUGUAUCUAUUACAGAUUUACAACGGUAUUCCUGUGAUCCGAUUAUUGCGGAUACAGGCUUAUGUUGGACGGGCUCUUGAAAAAAUGAGCUACAUAUGUACUUCGAAUUCCUUGUCCUUGAGCCCACCAAUUAGUCGUACGAUAGGAUGAGUGGAUCGAGAUAAGUCCUAAGUUUGCUUAGGGACGCCCUAUGAUUAAGGAAAAAAAUGAACGUAUAAUUGAUCCGAUUGUUAUCAAAUGCGGCGGUUCUGCUUAGAAUGUCACGGUGUUUUGCACUUUUGGUUCAAUAUUUCCCUACUUCAGACCAAAGUCAGGUACCCGAUAUUGCAUCAACGUUCGACAUGUAGCUUUUUGAGUAUAGAAAAGGUAAAAUAAUAAUUUAAAUUAAUAAAAAAAACUAGCGAUGCAAGGAGCUAGUUCACACCUCAAACAGCCGAAUAGAGAAGAAUCGUGAUUCACGUAAGAGAAAAAUAAACGAGAACGGAUAGUGAAAUGUUGCCUUUUCUGACAUACUGGAAACCCGCCUACUUACCUACCAGCCUUCUACUUUUAAGCUUAGUAUUUAUCCACUUUUUCAUAGAAAACCGUACUGUUUGGUUGACGUUUCGAAAUACUGUGCACUGCCGAAAAUGUAAAAAUUUUGGAAAAUGAAUAUUUAGGAAAACUCAAUUUCAAUAAUUAACGAUCCAUGCUACUUGGUAGCGGCAGGAAAUAAAGUUUUCAACCCUAUCUAGGUAUUUAUUGAAUUUAUUUUCUCAUUAUUUUUAUUUUUUUUUUUUUGGAACGAGAAACAUUUAUUAUUAUCUUUAUUAAAGAGAUUCGCAGCCCUAGGCUGGCUUAUCUCUGCUCGGCACGAGAAACUAUGAUACAAAAUGCUUUGUUUUAAAAGAUUUUUUUAAAGAUUUUAAGAAGCAUAAAAUAUCCACUAUAUCUUCAAAGAUUUUUUUUAUUUUUUUUUCAGAUAUGUGGAAGAAAAUUUGAAAUCUCUAGAGCUCUGUAGUAUUGCAUGGAGCCAGAAUGGCCAAAUUUAUAUUAGAAACUAGCAAAAUUAUCUCAUUUUUUUGGGUAAAAAGAAACUGAUCACUUCGGCAUUUUCAUUUUAUUUUGACUGUUCCAAAAUAAUAAUGAAAAAGUGUUGUAAAUUUUGAAAAUUAAUAAGUGCUACUUUACGUAAGUUCAACAAAACCUAUGAAAGUAAUACACUGUAGUAAUUCAAAAAGUAAUUCCAAAUUUUCUAAAAUGGCAUAUGUUUUGAAAAUAUGUGCUGAUGGGUCGCCAAACUCUAUAACAAUCAAAAGUAUGUCGCAACUUGAAAAAGUUUCAGAGCCCCUGAUCUUGCCGAACACUUGACUCUCCUGUUUUGUGCGGUUUCGGUGAACAUUCGGUUGUGCUAUGUUAUCCGGAAGCAGACCGCGAGUGAUUGACGAAAUUUGAUGGGCGAAAAAGGCGGAUGAUUACAUUUCGAGAAGAGAAUUGUGUUAGCCCAGCACCAGCUGCAUCUGACAGAAUUUCGUCGAAUAUUCGGAGCAUCGUCGUCGAUUUCUGCAACUUUCUGUAAUGCGCGUGAUUUUCUUUUCUUAUCGCGAAUCUGUGUAAUUAAUUAUCCUGUGAAAGGUGGUGCCACAUGAAAGGUGAAAAAAUCUACAAUCCACCUAUAUGCCAGGGAAAAACAAAAUGAAAUUAAGUGACUUGAAAAUAAUUAAAAAAAAAAAAAACAGUAAACAAUGUACGUACACCCAUCUAACACGUGGUUUAAGGAUGACUCAGUUAAAUCAGUUGACAGGUGACCGGUAACAUCAUUAAGACAGUGCCACCUUGGAUGAAUUUCGUUUAUGGCAAGUUCCAAAUUACUGAAUUCAAGUAACAUUGAAGAAAACGGUAGUGUUGCGUAAAGCUAUAGUUUUGAUGGUGAUGGAUGAUCGUGACAGGAUGUUGUAAUGGACUUCCGGUUAAAAUUUGGUGAGAUCAAUCUGAUUUUCAUUAUUUAUUAUAUCUUUUUUAUAUAUAUUUUAUGACAAAAUUAAGAGUGCAAUUGCGAGGAUUAGGUUGUAUUUUUUGUUUAAUUUCAGAGAGCGAGUAAAGGCGCUUAAGCCUAGGCAUAAGGGCCAGGACACGGACCAAAUACCUGUGUUCCAUCCCAGGAAGCGACGGACCAAGGGGUGACAUUAACCUUCUUAACAUCGUAACCCCCAUCGAUUUUCACGUAUUUUGCUUUCUAAAGAGCUGAGCGGUUGGUACGAGAUGUCCCCACUCAAUGGCUUUAUUGUAAAACCAAUAACGCUGCACAGUAGGCCUGGCCGCUUUAAUGCUUGUAAUACAUCUCCGAUAUACUGCAAGCAUUAAUAAUGACAAGAAAAAUGGCAGAAUUAGUCGAUUCUAUCAUUUUCCAGGAUUCUUUCAAUGAAUGGCUGUGUAUGUGUAGACUAGACUAGACUAGACUAGAGCCCCUGAUCUUGCCGAACACUUGAUUUUGAUCCACCGAACGGUGCACAUUAGGGUGGCCCACACUUAUAUGAAAAACAAAAAUUUCGAAAAAUACCAAGUCUUACCUCCUAUAUCAGUUGUUUUGGACUCCCAGAAGCUACGUUCAAAAUUUGAGCAAAAUCGGUUGAGCCUAAGGGGGCGCUCAAAACGCUUGAAGUUUGUAUGGGAAAACUUGGCCAAAUGUAUGCAGAAAUUUUAAGUUUUCGAAUUUUGCCGCUAGGUGCCGCUGUAAGCGUUCAAUAAUCAAACCCUUUGGUAUUAUUGUAGGUGACUAUAUGCCAGAGAACUUUGUCGAAGACCGCGAAGUGAUCCGACGGCUGUGAAAAAAGUUAUACCCUAGGCAAAGUGAGGCAAAGUAUUAAGAUUUCAUUAUUGAUAUUAUUCCUUUACAUGUAUUGGAAAAAUAACAAUAAAGUUUAUCCUUACUUUUCCUAGGGUAUAGCUUUUUUCACAGCCGUCGGAUCACUUCGCGGUCUUCGACAAAGUUCUCUGGCAUAUAGUCACCUACAAUAAUACCAAAGGGUUUGAUUAUUGAACGCUUACAGCGGCACCUAGCGGCAAAAUUCGAAAACUUAAAAUUUCUGCAUACAUUUGGCCAAGUUUUCCCAUACAAACUUCAAGAGUUUUGAGCGCCCCCUUAGGCUCAACCGAUUUUGCUCAAAUUUUGAACGUAGCUUCUGGGAGUCCAAAACAACUGAUAUAGGAGGUAAGACUUGGUAUUUUUCGAAAUUUUUGUUUUUCAUAUAAGUGUGGGCCACCUUAGUGCACAUAUUAGCCUAAUUAGUUUCACACUAUCCAACGCUCAUUUUUUAACCAUUAAAUCGUAAUCUUUCAAUGUACAUGUGGUGAAUAUAUAAGUUGAAUUACCGAAAUUUGUCUAGAAUUAUCUGCAGGAUAAAGAUCUGAUCCAUAGAGGAUCGGCUCACAUCUGGAAUCAUCUCCUGGAUUUCUACCAGAAUUCGUCCUGCAAUUUGUACCAGAAAUUUUCGCCAGAUUUGUUCCAAAUUUUAAUCCAAGAUUUCAACAGAACUUUCUCGUGGAAAUCUCGUGAAGUUUUCAUCCGAAAUUUUACUUUCUCCCAGAAAUUCUCAAAAAAAAAUCUCCAAUUUAUAGCGAAAUCCCUCAGAGAUUUAUGCGGCAGUCCAUUCUGAUAUUUAUCACGAUUUUUUUUUUAAGUAUUCCCGAGACUUCUCCCGAAAUUCCUAACGGGGCUCCCCCUGGGAUUUCUCCAAUAGCUCCUCUUUUUUUCUGUUUAAUUUAUUUGGCAGGCUCGGUCGUGAAUAACACAUUGCGGAGCCGAAUAACAUUAACACAAUAUAAGAAGAUUUACAUUUACAAAAUAAGUAUUACAAAAGGUGGAAGAAAAUCAAUCGUGGUAAAAAAUAAAUUGAUCCAUCGGAGUGUUGGUGGCCUCGGAAAUUCUCUGCUUGUCCUCCUCAAUAAGCGAUCGUCGUUCGUUUUCGUCGGUGAUCCAGUCAUAGCUUGCGAUUCUCUGUGUAAUUUUUCUGGGAGAUGCAUCAGCGGCGGUGAUCAAACUGCUAUCCUCACUUUCACUCGAUGACGUGUUGCUUUUGUUCUGACGUUUGUGGGCUUGACACUGUACAGAAUCAGCCUGACUGUCCGUAUCCAACGAACGCUGUCUCUUGGUUUCGGUCUUCUUCGUCUUCUGUUGUCGUUUAUCGCUUGUUUUUUCAUUUUUUUUUUCCACUAUGCCCUCCACAACAAUAGAGGCGUCUCCAUUAGCUUGCUUCUCGGAUGUUCCGAUUUCAACGACAACCGUCGGCUGCUUCUCCUGUGUGGCACUCGUCCGUGCACGCAGAACUGGACAAUCCUUUUUGAAGUGUAACUCCGAUUUGCAUCUGAAGCACUUCGCCUUUAUUCCGUCAUAAUAGACUCUCCCCGUCCGGUUGCGGAAGUAGAGGACAUCUGGAAUUUCUUUCUCUACGUUCAUGUAUACGCCUCGAACCCCGGUAAACAGAUCCAGGUGAAAAUCUGCCGGAAAUCGCUCCCGUACCGUGCGCUUGAUUUUUCCAUACCUUUGCAUUACUGUAACAAGGUCCACAUCCGACACUUCGGGUGGCAGAUCGAACACGCGCACGUAUCGCGUGUUUCCUGCCACCCAGCAUGUGCACCGCCACUUUGUUUCCAUUGAUGUAAUGGAAGGGCAACGAUUCAGAGUUGUUCUCAUACACGAAUUUCAUUGCUUCUUCGGAUUUGAAGCGAAUGAAAACCGAUUUUUCAUCCGAAAUUUUGUAAGCCCUUUCCAUCGAUGACAAGUCACCUUUGAGUGCUUUCACACAGCCGGCCAUAUCUGCUACGGUCGGUUGCGCAGCACCCUCCGGGAACAGGAACGCCAACGUGUUUCUAACCUCAAUGUCGUUCGACAUUUCGAUCGGUAUGCACUGUAUGUGAUCAAACAAAAGAAACUACUGAAACAAACAAACAAAGGAGCGACUGAACAAAACGUCUGUUCGCAUCAAGAGCUGAUCGUCCACUGAUAUAGCUCCUCUUGGGACCUCUCAAAGAGUUCCUCCUGAGAUUUCAACCAGGUUUCUUACCAGAUUUUUUGCCAGUAUUUCUUCGGAAGUAUUUGUUAUUUUAUGUUUCCUUGUUCCUCUUCUUCCUCACUUAGUAUUACAGAAACAAUCACAGGAGAAAUACUCGAAAAAAAUCCUCGUCGUUCUGGUGGGAUUUGAACCCACGUCUCCCCUAUUCGCUAGACAGGGUGAGUUAACCCUCUAAUACCCAACCCCGCCUUUAGACGGGGUAUAGUUUGAGCGUUUUUGUAAUUUUUGUUUAGUGGGCAAUCCUUUUUUUUAUAUUUUUAGCUGAUAUUUAGGACUGUUUUGUAUAUCUCAAAAUGGCUUUGGUGUCUUUUGAACCAUAUUUAAAUUUAAAAAAAAAUCAUUGAAAAAUUGAUGUUUUAGUCACCUUUCAGAAGUCAUUGAUUAUUUUGUAUUAAAUAGCUACAAUUAACAUAUUUAAAAUUUUUCCCAAACCAUUCUAUCAUAGUAAAAUAGUUUAAGGGAGUCGGACACACUCUAAAAUUAUUUUCCUUAAAAUUACACGGAAAAUAAAAUGUGAAAAAAAAAUAAAAAUUUAAAUAUUUUAACAAUAAUCGUAAAAUCUCAAAAUGUUUUCGGAAGAAUAUAAAAGUAUGGGGAUGUUCGAAAAUGAAAAUUAUAAAAAUCAAAAACCGAAAUUCACAAAAUCGAGAAUUAAAAAGGAUCAUCUUCCUAAACAUGUUUAAACCGAUUUUAGAUGACGAAAAAUGAUAUUUAGAUCAAAAUAAAAAAAAUUGGGUAUUAGAGGGUUAACAGACUUCGCCACAAAACAGGUAACAAUUCUGCGGAGCUGAAAGUUACUCUGAAACCAAUGCUCACUUCAACCCACGCUCUACUUCGCAACACUACAUCUCAUUCGUUCCUUAAAUGUCCAAUUCCAACACUCUUUGACAGUGCCUACGAAUAACAGUGAGAGCAUGUUACUUUUAAUACAUAAUUUCUAAUAUUUUCCCUGAAUGGCGUUGCAGAAGACAAUUAUGUAUCCGGAAUCAAUCUUUGGAGAACUCUUAGAAAAAAAUCAUGGAAAAACUGCUGGACACAUUUCGGGAGAAUACUUGGUAAAAAUCUAAGAUAAACCCCAGAAGGAAAUAAGGGAUGGUAGUCGUGUGCAAUUUUUGUAAAUAUUUCAGGAAAACUUUGGAAAAAAUCUUUGCGAAAAACUUGAAAAAUCUCUGGAAAGAAUCCCGGAUGAUUUUUUGGAUGACACUCCAAAGGAAGUCAUAAUUCAGGGAUAAAUUUCAAAACAUUUCGACAUAUCUAAGUUUCAUUACCUACAUUGUCACGUUUAUUACAUAAAAAUGACUGAUUCCAUUAUUCAGCUAUUUUGACCAAAUAACUCAUUUUCUUAUGCUGUUGUUAUUCCAUUCUGCCCGGGAAGACAUUCCUGUAGAAAUUAUAAAAGGAUCUCCAGAAGAAAUCUCAGGAGAACAUCUUAAUCAUCGGGAAAACUUCCAGCGAAAUCUCGAGGCCAAUUCUGAGAGGAUAUCUGAGAAUAGUUCUGUAAUAAAUCCCUGAAAAAAUAUGGUGGAAAUUCCAUGAAGAAGCCCCUGAAACUUCGUCAGACAUCUUGAAAAAACAAUCCUGGUUGAAAUCCUGGGGAAAUUUCUGGUCGAAAUACAUAAAUCGAGAUCUAAAUAAAUUUGACACUACCACAUUGGUUGGUGGAAGGCUCCACUAAGGGAGCUUUUACCCUAGAUCAGAUUUUUGUAAAAUUUCCCUUACAAUCUUACAAUUUCUAAAAUUUUAAGGAAAUUUCUAAAUAUCCGGCAUUUUGGCCUUCAGUCUUGUGAAUUUUCUUAAGAUAGUCGGGCCAAAGCACACAAAAUAUUAGACAGAUUGCCGAUUCUCUAUGUAGUCCCAAAUUGAAUAUUUAAUUUUUUCCAUGAGAUUCUCUAAACUUUACCAAGGCCCUUUUUUGCAUGAGUACCAUUGUUUAUUUUAAGAAUUUCCUUGCCGAAAGAAAAUCUUUAUAAAUUACAUAUCGUUUUUUAACGAAACAGAUUUCAAAUUUCAUUUAAAGAUUCCAAAGAUUUUUUUGUUUUUUUUUUCGUUUUCAGAAAUAUUUCCUGGUAUUUCAGGAUUUUCCAAGAGCCAUCUAAGGUCUUCAAUGGUCUAUUAUUCAUGAUUAGAUCCUUCAGCUUCUCCAAAAUUGUCCAACAAGGGCAAUUCUGAAUUUUUCAUAUUAUUUUACCAAAACAUUUCCCAAGAUGGUUUAGAAUCCUUCAUUGCAAAAGCUAUUCGGAUUGUGAAGAACGAUUUUUAGAAAUUAUUAGAGCAAACAAUACAACAAUUAUCAGAAAAUAUUGGGGGUCUCACUGAUACAAUAUUGGCUGAUUCUUACUUGAAUAAAAAUUUAAUGUGGCAUAUGGAUCUUUCUUCACCUCUUUUGUAAUACCAACAUAAUAUAUCAUGAAAGUUUUCUUCAAAGCCUUUGGAUUUUUUUUGCCAUAGGCGGGAGAUAUUCCGAAAAGAACGCUUGGAAUUAUGAUUGGAUUAUUAUUAACCCUCUAAUACCCAACCCCGCCUUUAGACGGGAUAUAUUUCGAGCAUUUUUGUAUUUCUUUUCUUUCCUGGGCAAUUAAAACUUUCAUAUUUUGGCUGAUAUUUAGAACUGUUAUGCAUAUAUCAAAAUGGUUUUGGGUGUCUUUUAAAGUAUUUACUUUUACGAAACAUCAUUAAAAAUUAAUGUUUUGCAACGUAUGAAAAUUUUUCUCCUGUAUUGAAUUGCAACAAUUUCAAUUUUAAAUUUCUCCUCAAUCAUGCUAUCGUAGUAAAAGAGUUUAGUGGAGAUUUUAGUAAAAUUUAAUUCAAAAUUAAAAUAAUGGAUAUUAGAGGGUUAAAAGUAACAAGCAUUGAAAAAAGAACUUGUGAAGAUUGCCCUGCUAGCCCCAUUGCUAUGCUUUUUCAGGGUCGCUAUUGCUAUGCUCAGGAGGACUGCACGACCGAUUUACCCAACGAUAGUUGACAAAGAAACAACAGAAUAACCAGAAAUAGAACAAACAAGGACAUCUUUCGAUAAAGUGGCAAAAAACAAGUAAUUAAGCUUAAUAAUACUUUAUUAUCCUAAAGACAAAUACAAAAAGGGGGGGGGUUCGUUGCGGCCGUUUUUUGCAUGCAAGUGGGUGUGUGAGGGAGAAGGAAUGCUUGUCGUUACUUGCCCGAUCACUAUCUCCGAUCGGCGUGGGUUACUGCUGGUCCUUCCAGGUGGUCGGCGGGAUUCUUGAAGUGUUUAGCGGAGAUCCCUGGGUUUCCUUGACGUGUGUCCAGUAUAAGGCUCCGCCUUACCGUUGAACUGACGUCCCACAUGCUCGCCAGCGGGGCCAUGGCCUAUCGGAUAUUGAGCCUAGCAAGCGGGGGUGAACCCACCGGACCCUACUAGGCUCGCACCUCAAUGACGCAGACUAUGGCUCACCCGAGCCGUGUGGCGUGACGAUAACUUAGGGGGCUCGCCAGCAGCCAGCACAAGAGGGCUCGCCAGCUCCGAUUCAGCUCCUACCACGGGGUAUUCUUCGUCUGGCCUCGCGAGGUAAGCCGAACUUUCCGUCCUCGCGUGGUCGUUGGUUUUAUCACGAAAAUGUGGUUCAAUCCUUUCGUUGGGGGGGGGGGGUUGGUUUGAUAGGGUGCGUGUUGCCACUCACUCGCACGGGCCUUUACGGGGCUUAACUAGCUCUUGCAGAGGUCAUUCGGACACGUGUUCCGCGUUCACUUUUUCCGAAAUACGAAAUUCGGAGGUCUAGAACUUGCGACCGCUCACGAUUGUGGUCAAUACCUUUCUCCUCGUACCUUUUCCAUUCCUUCUCCACUCCCGUCCUCACACUCUCCUUUCCCUUUUCUUCCUUUCACUUCUCCCUCUCCACAAUUGACAUGUGUCAUUUAUUAUGUGUAACAACACUGAAGAUAUUAUGUCCAAUACAAAUGAGUAUAACAGUUUGGGGGGGUUUUCUGUUAUAGCGUUUUUUUUUAAUUUUUAAAUCUACGCCACGGAAAAUAUUCCUCUACUAUUUUAACUACAAAAAACCAACUCCUGUUUAUGGAAAAAUAAUGUCUUAGAUUAUUCUAUUAAGGGUCAUAAUGUUGUUUCCGGCUUUGUCGGUAACAAACUUUUACAUACCGUAAAAUGGGGUGUUAAGAGACGGAUUUUUUCCGAUCCCAUCAUUGUCAUGCUGCCCGCUACGCAUAUAGACUAUAAAAUUUGACGAAUUUCUGGAGAAAUUAAAGAUAUACAACAAAAUGUGCGAAUUUUUCGAAAAUAUGAAAAUGGGGUCUUAAGGAACAUAAGGGGAGAAAUGUAACGGUUCUUAAAUACCGAAGAACGAUGGAAAUUGAUUAAUUUUAAACAGUGACUGUAAUAUUUCUUGAACAUCGCCGAAAAAGAUUAUUAUAGUCAUGAAGGGCUAGAGACGAAUGCCCUAGAGCUAAAGUCUCUCUUAACAAAAGACAAAAGUCCUGAAUGAGCACGGACAGUCUCAUUGUCAUGUGGAUUGUGGAUGACAGUUUGUAAUAAAAUAUUGGCAAACAACACCUGCGUUACAACACAACAUGUUAUGAUUUUAUUAUUUUGAUCCUGUCGGGCAAAAGUUCUUUGGUGAUACUUGACCAGUGUUCAAAAUAAGAAGAACAGUGCCCAUCUUCAGCAGAAGGCUCUAAUUCCCAUCUUACUAAGAACAAAGGUAUUGGGUUUGUCUUGUUUUUUUGUGUUAUGAGUAAGCAUGCAAUAGGUAAAUCAUCCAAUCUCAUGAAAAGAUUAACAAAGGGGUGUAUGAUGAAGAAAUUUACUCAUACACACAAAAGAAGUUUAAAGUUUAAAGUUUUAGACGUUUAUUGGACAAACUUUAAAAACAUUCUUAUUAAAAAUGCAGUGCGCAGAAAUUUUCCGUUUUUUUUUUUGUUCUCAGAAUGACUUUAUAUGUUGAGAGUGUGGCAAGGCAAACGUAUUAUCUCCAAGAUCACAAGGCCGCAAACCACAAACAUCCUUUUCAUUUAUUUAUUACACUUUACACAAGAAUAAAAGGGCUCAUCGCACCAACGUGUAAAAUUAAAAAAAAUUGGAAAUAUUGUUCAAAAAAUCAUAAAAUUGAAAAUAUUUAAAUAAAUUUAUGAAGUUGGAACAUUCUACGUAUUGCUAGGUUGAUGAUAUCAAAUUUUCCUCCUCAAAUCAUUUUAUGAUUGACAGUCUCUCAACUAUCAUCGUGGAGGUGUCAGAAGUGCUUAUGACAAAUCACUAUCAACUAACCAAUUCAAGCCUAACUUUACCAAACACCGUAUCUAACUAAAUUUACGAACGUAGAAAAACGAAGGGGAAGCUCGCUGUUCCCAUAGCAACUUAUACAUUUAGUAUUUUAGUAACGUGAAAAAUCUGGGUAUUUUUCACAAAUCAUCCUCAAAGGUGAGUGAUACAAGAAGUCCUUAACGUGAUUCAGCGCCUCAUGUGAAAAACUCUUUUUUGUUUACAUAUGUUACAUACGGUGUUUGGUAAAGUUAAGCUUGAAUUGCUAGGUGACAUUAAACAAACUUAUUUCUGAAAAUGCAUGCAAUAUUGAGGGCAUAACUAUCAUGGACGUCAUAAACUACAAUGUUGCUAUGGAAACGUAACUAAUUAUGAACGUACGACCGCGCCGGCGGUACCAGCUCAAUUACUUCCAGCGAAUAACGAACACCGGCAUUCGGCGUACUAUUUAAUUUAUUUCCAUUUCAGUGAAAAUCCCAAAAUGUCAACCAGUCAGUCAGUUGGCAGCAACGCAAUUUUGAAAAGUUUAUUAUUUUCCCCUUACCGCUCGCUGCCGGUUUCCGGGAAACCAUCGUGGAAAAUCAUCAACUUCCGCUUCCAAGUUAUUAGCGCAGCACUUCACCGCCGCCAACGAUCAACCUACUGUUUACGGUUUUCACUCCAUCCUCUAAUUACUCUAAUUGAAAUUGAUUUGUUUUAAUCCGCUACCCUAAAGCGCUCUUCGGUGGGUGUUCACUGUUCAUAGUAUAGUGUGCGAAUCGUUCCGAGAAUCGAAACAUUAGCAGUUGUCCGGUAGCAUAGCACUAUAGAGCAUAAAACAGGAAGUAAAUGACGGGAACAGAGUUUUGUAAGGCAACCUCCCUCUUAGCUGAUGGUUGUUAGGCCACCCAUUUAGAGAAGAACAGUUAUUUUGUACGUCGGGGAAACACAUUCUCUAGGGUAAACUUGUGAAUUUAUGGCGAAAAUAUGUGAAGGAGCAAGAUAAUUUGUAAAACAAACCAGCGUCGUUGUCGUUGUUAUUUUUUAUAGUUUAUAUGAAGUGCAAAAAGGACACAUUGAGUACAGUAGAGCCAAGUGGUAAUGAUGGAUUCAACUAGAAUAAUCUUAAAAAAACGCAUUUGCUUCAGACGUGUUACCGUGAACCAUUGAGGAAAGAGUGCAGAGAGUACACAAUUCAUAAAACCGUAUUAGACACAGAUACAUAGCGUCAUCAUGAGAAACCAAUGCGUUGUAUAAAAACCAAAAAGUAACAAUUAAGUGAAAAUCAUGUUAAGUUUAUGAUCGCUAGCAAACGUAUGAAACGAUGAAGAAACAACACUAAAGCAUACACACACAUAACAUUAGCAAAAAGGAAUGAUUAUUUUAGAGAAAUUAAAUUGAAAAAAAAAACAACAGCAGAUGGAUGGGAGCAGUGUAGUGGAACGAGCAAAUCGUAGACUAGAUUAUGACUAAUAAAUAAUAAAAUAACGAUAA